CUGCAUACGUGCUGGGUUGUGAUUGGCUCAUGUAUUUAAGGAUUCGUAGAAAAUGGAUUUCAUAAAAACCGCAAUGUACCUACCGUGUUAUAGGGGGGCCGACUGUAUCUAUCUUCAUUCUCAAGGUUAAGGAAAAUGACAUCGUGGGCAAUAAAACCCGUCUAAUCCGCAUGGCGAAUAUUCAAUUUCCCGCUUAGUAAAGCGACCAAUCGGUGUUCUCCUACUGCGGAUAACAUCGAUAAAAAUCCCCACGUUUUCUUUUGAUAACAUCCCACCUGCGGGAGUCUUUAUCAUUAAAAUAUCCCCCUAAUACUUUUAUUUUGAAUUGACAAUAUUGUUCUAAAAUUAAAAUAGUAUCAAUUUUAAUCCCGAACAUCGAUCGAUAUAAGACUGCUACGGAACAAUAGGGAAAUUUCCCCAAAAUAUUUCUCACUCGUUACGCAAUAACGCGAUUGCUCCAAAGACACGUGUUUAUCUACACGCGAUAAGCGAAACACACAAUCGACAGUGGUUAUUGUGACAUAGUUCGGUAGUGUAUGAUGGAGUCCGAGCAAAUUACGUCGAUUCGGGUCCUACCCAACGAAAUUUUCUUUAAAAUAUUCAGAUAUUUACAAUUGGAAGAUUUAGUUUUUACUUCUAACGUGUGUGUGAGGUUCAGGAGCAUCGUAUUGACAAUCAGUGAUUCGUUUCUAAUGAAGAGAUGCUUGGAACUGUUCUUCGUAAAUCAUUCGAAAGACAUUCAAAUUUUAGACGUCAGCAAUUGUUCGGACGAGAUACCCGAUGACGUGUGGUUAAAAUGCGUGAUAAGAUUUAAAUACGUUCAAUCACUCCGUAUAGUGAACACAGAACUGGAAUAUGACUUAGUGAUUGAUAUUUUAAUCAGACUUCCUCAUCUGCAAGAGCUGAUUUUAACCACGCAUCAAACGCUUUUACUGAAAACUGAAGAAAGAUAUGACUACACAUUAAACAAGGAUCUUAUAAACUCCAAACUUUUAUUGAUGGCAGAAAAACUGGACCGAAAUCCGCUGAAAAAAUUAAGUAAAAUGCAGAUAUCAAUUGAUAAUUCUUACUGUAGUUAUUGUUUCUUGCAUCUAUUGUUGUUAUACCUCCCAAAUAUAGAAUAUAUCCACAUUCAUCUGGUGAAUUAUCUUCUUGAAAACAAAGAUGAUUCAAGAUUCUAUUUGCCAGUUCUGAGUAAUGCAACGUUUUAUUGGAAACUAAACUUAAAUAAAUUGGUUAGCAUCAUCUUAACCGAAGAUAAUUAUACCGAUGACGAUUACACGAAUAAAAUGAAAAUGGAGAAUGAUUACACCUUAUUGAAAUGGAUUCUGGAAGGGCGAAUGCAAGACGUUCCUUUGAAUGAUUACUGGAUGGCGCCUGAAAUCGCGGACAGAUUUGCUGUACAAAAGAAAAAGGAGGAAAACAUUUUACGUUCAAGUUUCCUGAAUAAUUUAUGUUCGGCUGAUUCGAAUUAUUUCAUCGACGAAGGCAUGAAAUAUGGAAUAGUCGAGGAACAUUCGGAAGCGAAAUACGUCAGUUACAGAGAUUCUAAAUUCGAAAAUGAAGAUUUAGAAAAUUUCCUGAAAUUCGCCACUAAAAGUUUGCAAUAUCUUUGCUUCAACAAAGUGAAUUUUACUAGAGAUAAAUUGAUAGUCAAUAGAUUUAAUAAAUUACUCGCCUCUUGUUUUCUUAUAAAAGAAUUAAAUCUAAUCAACUGCCAUAUUGGAUUAUGUCGUCACUUAUUCAAUGGAAUCAGUAAAUUAAGAGGAUUGCAACGCCUCGCGUUACCCGCCUGUUCGGAAGUUAGCAAGUGCUGUAUUUCGAAAACUAGGAAUAAUAUCACCGUUAAAUCCUCUAAUAGUGAUUCACUGCUCAUGUCCAUCGCCAAGAAAUGUCAUCAACUGUCCGAAUUAGAGAUUUAUGGGUGCGGUGUAUGCAAAAGCCAUGAAAAUUCAGAAUUGUGCUGGGAUACACAUCUGUCGGCUUUAUCCAAGAUGAGCAGAUUGACGUCUUUAACAUUAGUGAAUAUUCCUCAAAUAAGAGCAGCUCGUUUCCUGAAGGAUAUCGCAGUUAAUUGCCUAAAUAUCAAAAGUUUACGGAUUCAUAAUCUGGGAAAAUGUAAUUACUUGGAAUCCCUCUUCUGCUUUUUAAUGACGGCACCAAAUUUGGUGCAUUUCAGACUCGGUCAAAGUGAUAUCGAUUUAUCAGACUCGCGACUGUGGCAAGCGUUGAGCAAAGCAAAAAGGUUACAAGAGUUACGUGUUCUGUCAAAUAGGAAAACAACUGUACAGGGUGGUGAAAUUGUGGAAGCAUUGACAGAGCUCUCUAGUUUUUACGUUUUUCAUAUUCAUGCACCUGUUAAAAUUCAAAAGUACAGAAGAAUUUUAUCUUGGGCCGUAAAGAGAAAAGAGAAGAGUGGAAUAGACGUAGACAUUAAUCGAAGUGGAUACAAAUGGGUCGAUGACGACAUAAAUCUUUUAUUGAAGUUGCAGAAUGAAUGUCGAAAGUGUUUUACAUUCACUAAUAAUAGUUACCCAAAACACAAACUAAUGUCGAGUUGUUAGUUAAAUCCAGAAUAUUAUUAAUAUUGAAGAAAGAAGGCACUAGGUGGUAUUUUAUGUGGUUCCGGUCGUAAAGUUCAAAGUGCUGGAGUCACUUUAAGUGUUUUUGAGCCACCGAGUUAAUUUCUUUACACGGUAUGGAUCAUACGGAUACGGAUGCUAAAUACAGUGUAAUCAUAAACAGUUUAUAUUCAGAGCUCACCGUAAAAAAAAACUACUAGGUAAAGCCAAAAUUUGGUUCAUAUUAGACAAAUUAUUUUUUCUACAGAGACAUUGAGAGAGAGAGAGAAAACGUACUUCUUUAAAUGCAGUGAAAGAAUAAUAAUAAUAAUAAUUAAAAGCGAGAUAAAGUAAUAAAAAAGACGAGGCUGUUUGCCAUUGUUAGGUAAGAAUGAUGGUUCAUCGUCGUCUUAUUCACACGUUUGAAUAACACUAUUUUUUAAAAACUGUUCUUAAAUACCAAUUAAUAAGACAACAUGUUUCGUACAUUCUUGCCACGAAAACAAUAACAUAUGUGAUAUGAAUAUGAAUUUUUCUAAACUUGAAAGCAAAUUUAUUUAUUUCUCGAAAAAAGUUCUGUUUAACAUUAGAAUUAAAAUCUUCUCGCUUCAAAAAUAAUAAUAAUCUGGAAAAGGAAUGAAUAGGAUUUUAAUAUUUCAAGAUUUCUCCGAAUCAGCAUAGAAAACACAUAUUGGAUUUUUGGAUAAAAUAAUAAUAAUAAUUUUCAAUUCAUCGAUAUUAUGGACACGAAAUCAUUUUGUUUGCAAAGGUAUUCGUAUUAAAUUACGUCAUCACACUUUACGUGGCUGCUACCCAUUGGAGAGACGUCAACCAGCAACUAAUGUUCAGUGGUUUUAGUAACACGUCUACAGUUUCAUGUGUCUAGAAUGUUCUAAUUUAUCAUAAAAUGUAUUUUAUAAUCAUCUGUAUUCAGGUUAAAACUUGCACAGAUGUAUUAUUGACAGGAAAAAGAACACUACUUCGGGUUUUUUAUAUUCCUCCAAACAGAAAAACUGCAUUUUAAUCAGGAUCAAAACUGAUUGAAACGAUAAAAUUGCGGAAUUACUAUUUACAAGAGAUUUAUUUAGAAAUUUUUUAUAAAAAUCGACAGAAAUAGUUGUUAAAGUACACAUUUUCGCUGCUUCAUUUUCUAAAAAAAUUUUACAUGGCUAUACACGUAUGUACCAGCGGUUUCAUUUUUUAACAGGGAUGCUAUUUUGAUGAGUUACGUUAUAAUCUUUUGCACUUCACUUUAGAUGAUUACAGAAUUGAAUUCUCGAAUUAUUGAGUAAUUAUAGAAUUGUAAAUUGCAUCAUUAUUUUCACCUUUUGAAAACGUUAAGUGCCUUUUUUACGAUUGCGUGACAACAUUUCUAAAUGCAAUGUUAUGUCUAAGAAUGCUG